CUCAACCCGUGAGAUGCCGAAACUCAGCGAAGCUAAUAACAGUCGUCUAAACAUGGAUAAGAAAUGGUCUCACGUCAUUGUCAUUGUCCUUUCGGCGGUGUUUUAUGUCGCUGUGUUAGUUGUUAAUGCGCUGGCGGGAACGGGCACCGCCCCAUUCCACUCCACUACUGGUAAUGUGUCAGGCCGCUAUGAGACAGACAUUACCCCGGCUGGUUGGACCUUCUCUAUCUGGGGCAUCAUCUAUACUUGGCUUACCCUGAUAGUCCUAUACAUCAUUACCUAUGUGUUCAGAGGAUCCUGGUCUCUGUGUCUGUUGCCCUAUGGCUUCUAUGCCAGCUGGAUAGCCAACAUGUUGUUGAACAUGACAUGGCUUCUGCUGUGGGACAGAGAGCUUAUGAUGGCAGCCCUGGCUGUAUUGGCACUGGUGGCAGUCUCUAACUACAGUGCUUUAUUCUUCUGUUGCUACACCACAGAUUACUAUGGUCUGUGGCUACAGAUGCAUCAUCCCAAAGACCUUGCCCUUCUCAGAAUACUGGUCCAGAACGGUUUGGCUCUCUACACCACAUGGACAUCCAUUGCCACUCUGAUCAACUUCUCCCUGGUCCUCAACCUGUGGGGUGUGGCCAAGGGCACCGCAGGAACCGUCUCUCUUUGCAUCCUGUUGGUGGAACUGUUGGGAUGGUCAAUCCUGGAGUUCGUGUUAGACCGUUGGGUGCGUAGCAUUAUGAUGGUCUACCCUGUGGUGAUUCUAGCUCUGGUUGGAAAUAUCACAAAACACUGCGACCCAGCUGACCCCAGCCCUAACUGUGUCUUUAUGGUGGUACUGCUGGUGAUUUCAUGCAUCCUCCUGGUGGCCCGGGUCAUCAUUGUCAUCUGCAGAAACAGGAAACAGCCUCUCUACAAACAAGGUUCAUGGCAGCAAGUGCAAGAUCCUGGAUUAUAAGGACAACAGCUCUGUUUUUUUCUCUUUUAUCCAUUUUUA